CAAGAUCAGGAUAGCUCGGCUGAAUCGGACGUCCUCUCACUUCUGGCCUCCUCACAUUCCCAACUGCGGUGGCGAGUCGAAUAUUUCUUGAUUGAAUCCAAUUUGGAUUAGACUUCUGGCUGCUUCUGAAAUCUCUUACAACAGAUACCAAAUGUAGAAACUUAAGAAAAUGCUGGCUUCAUCUUAGUUAAGAGAGGAAAUUUAGCAAUGUCUCUUUUAAGCCACCGUCCGUACAGCCAUCUGGAUAAUGAUGAAGACAUAUUUCUACAUAGAAGACAUAGAAAAAAUCACAAGAAAAAGCUGCACAGGUGUCUGUUGGGCACUGUAGUUGCUCUCAGCCUGCUCUUGGCUAUUGUAGUGGUGGCAGCUAUUCAGGUGGCCCUAUUCAGUCCUAAAGAACUUCCCGAUGGGGUAAAGUCUAUUGUGCACAGGGAAUCAUCGGCAGCAUUUGAAGAUGCUCUUGUCGUGCGGACGAAUUGUGGCGAAUACAUUGGCACCAUAGAGGACGGUGCCUUUGUUUUUAAGGGAGUCCCAUAUGCCAAAGCUCCAGUAGGCCAUCUGAGAUGGAAGAAACCAAUUUCUUGGUGGUCAGACGGCGAGUGGUGUGGACGGAAAGAACGCAGGAGAGCCCACAAGUACGCCAAACCGUGUUUCCAUAUGGAUCCGGAAACUCGGAAAUUACGUGGCACGGAAGACUGCUUGUACUUGAACGUGUGGUCUCCAAGAUUGGACACUUCAGCAGGUCUUGAAGUCCUCGUGUGGAUCCAUGGUGGCUUUUUGCAGUGGGGUAGCGGUCAUGAGCCAGGUAUCUGCCCAUCUGGAAGGGUUGCCAAACGACUCAACGCAGUAUUUGUGUCCUUCAACUAUCGUUUGGGUGCUCUUGGCUUCAUGGCUCUCGACAUUUUAUCUCAAACCCCUCAGGAUGCUAAGGGCAAUUACGGGCUCUGGGACAUGAUUGUUGCCUUGCAGUGGGUUCAGCACAAUAUAAGAGCAUUUGGAGGAGAUCCAGAAAAAGUAACUAUUUUCGGAGCGGACACCGGAGCUGCUGCCAUCAUGGCCCUCAGAGCUUCUCAACAGGCCAAGAAUUUGUUUCACGCGGCUUGGCUCAUAGGUCCAGCCCAGACCUUCAACCGGUCCUUCGAAGAUCUCUCACAACAUAACCGAGCAUUCUUCCUUGCCCGAAGUGGCUGCAAAAACGACACUUGUCUAAGGCACAUGACAGCAAAGUCUGUUCUUGAAACCUAUUUUUGGAAAGACGAACCUUCUUUCAGAAUUCGAGAUCAGAACGAUCUACCCAUACAAGGCAUUUAUCCGGAACAGUUAAUUGUUUUGGAUGGCGAGUUGCUGCAACGUCCGCCCUUGGAGACCAUUGUGGCUGGGGAAGGGGAAGACAUCCCCACUCUGGUAGGUACCACCGCCCAGGCUACAGAUGCCUGGCCAGGACCAGAUGACCUUUACAAGUGGGAUUGGAAUCAAUUCUCUAAAUACGUAGUGACCAGUUUGGACAGCUUUGCUCAAGGCAUUGGACACGAAGCUCUGCGCAUGUACAAUGCUUCACAGCAUAAUGAUUUCGAAUCGGCGGAGGAGGUGUACAGCAGCAUGGUGAGUGACCUCCGGCAGACCUGCCCCAUCGACCGGAUGUGCCGAAUUCUGGCCAACGCCACCACUUCCGCCCUCUACAGAUAUGUGGUCACAGCGACGCCAUCCGCACCCGUGAAGACUAUGGGGUAUCCUUCAUCGUUCGCUUUCCAUCCAUGGGAGGCAAUAGCCUUCUUCGAUCACAUGGAGCAUUACAUAGAAUCACCGACACCAGCUGACUUCAUUUUCAGAGACGAACUCCACCGUAUGGUGAGGGCUUUCAUCCGUUCAGGAGGAAAGCGAUCCCCCAUACCCGGGUGGGAACCCUACCCUAAAAACAUUGCCCUGAUUACCGGAGAUAAUGUCACCAUCAUCAAGAAUUACCAUCAGGAAAAAUGCAAUUUCUGGGAAGAGAAAGGCUUCGAAGACUACGCGUGGGUCAGCUAGGCAAACUCUUGUUGCAGGACUUGCCUACUUGUUGCUGAACUUCAAUGCGGAUAUUGUACUGCCAGGACUUGACUGAAUCCUGAACUUCUAGUCGAAUGGUAGUAUUGACAUUUUAACCUGCUCGCGUAAUCGCUUUUCCAACAAUUUUCGCUUUUUAAAGUGUGUAAAAGCGAAUUUUCUCUAAAGGCUCAUCCUAGAAGCGCCGUAUCUUUCACAAUAGGAGCAUAAACACAAAGUCAUGUUGCUUUCACAAGGCUUUGUCCAAAAAAGAUGGAUAAAUAUAAAACCUUGGCGACACGAAUUAAUGUUUUUAUUGCUUGUAUAUUUUGUUAUGCGUGAAUUCAUCCCAGAUUUAAAAUAUAUAUAUAUUUGAAGUAUCUUUACGAUUUCUUUAUUAUGGACGUUAUUUAUCGUUCUGUUUUAAAUAUGAUGUAUUUAUUAUAA